GGCCCCGCGCGGGGCAGGCCGGGAAGAUGGAGAACUUCUCGGCGCUGUUCGGCGGGGCCGAGCCGCCGCCCGCCACCGCGGCCGCCGCUCUGGGCUUCGGGCCCGCCAAGGCGGCGGGAGCAGGGGCCGCGCCGCCUCCCGCCGCCGCCGUGCCGCCGCCGGGCGAGGACGCGGCCCACAAGGCCGCCGCCGGCCCCUUCUACCUGCUGCGGGAGCUGCCAGGCAGCACGGAGCUGACGGGCAGCACCAACCUGAUCACGCACUACAACCUGGAGCACGCCUACAACAAGUUCUGCGGCAAGAAGGUGAAGGAGAAGCUCAGUAACUUCCUCCCCGACCUGCCCGGCAUGAUCGACCUGCCCGGCUCCCACGACAACAGCAGCCUGCGCUCCCUCAUCGAGAAGCCGCCCAUCUGCGGCAGCUCCUUCACGCCCCUCACCGGCACCAUGCUGACCGGCUUCCGCCUGCACGCCGGCCCGCUGCCGGAGCAGUGCCGCCUGAUGCACAUCCAGCCGCCCAAGAAGAAGAACAAGCACAAGCACAAGCAGAGCCGCACGCAGGACCCCGUCCCCCCAGAAACCCCCUCGGACUCAGACCACAAGAAGAAGAAGAAGAAGAAAGAGGAGGAUCCGGAGCGGAAAAGGAAGAAGAAGGAGAAAAAGAAAAAGAAGAACCGACACAGCCCCGAGCACCCAGGGGUGGGCAGCUCGCAGGCCAGCAGCAGCAGCAGCCUGCGGUGAGGCUUCACUGUGCCGCUCAACGGAGCUCCCAGCCCCAGCUGCCUGCUGUGGACUCGUCCCUCUCACAGAGCACAGCAGGGAAGCGUGGGCAGUCAUGGCCCCCACUUGCAGAGAGCAUGGCCCUACAACCCCCCUGCUUGCACUGUGUGGCCGAUGGGGACCUGGUGACACGGACACUGCUGGAAUGGGGGUUCCUACCGUUGGCCUCUUAUACCUAAACAACACGGUGCAUUGGGAUCUCUUUUUUAUUCACCUUUUAAUUAAAGUCUGCUCUGAGGAAGAGCUGGUGCCA